AGUAGAGAGGGAGAGAUUGAAGAUGUGGUUGAUGAAGCAUAGGAUGGAGGGGGAGGGUGCCGGGAGGAGUUGUGUGGGGACAGGGUCAAGGGGGCAAGUGGUGAGGCGGGCUUCUGAGAAGAGUGUUGGGGGGGUUAUGGUGUGCGGGAUGUUAAGGGUGGUGGGGGGCAGGGCGGUUGCGAGGUCAGAGGAGGGGAGAGUUGGAGGGGUUGUAUUGGGAGGGAGGCUAGGUGGGGAGGUAGGUGGAGCAUUGGCAAUGUUCUUACGGAUUGCUUCGAUCUUAUUUUGGAAGUGAAUGGCAUUCUCGUAGGCGGUGAGUGAGGUACUGGGUGGGGGUGGGGGGGGAGAGAGUAGGGAGUUGAAAGUGGAGAAGAGCCGAUGAGGAUUGGAGGAGAGGGUGUUGAUGAGGGUUAUGAAGUAGGUUUGUUUGGCGGCGUGGAGGGAGGAGGUGUAGGUGAGGAAGGCAGAUUUGUAGAGGGAGAAUGCUUGAGGGGA